UUUUACAAUUGAAAACAUGUAGUAUUGUAUUAUAAGGCACUUCUUCCCGAUACAGUAUUGAAAUUCAUAAAUCUCAAACACUAGCACUAUAGGAUAUGAAGAUAAAAUUUCAAGGCUUAUUAACAAAUGAAGAUGCGACAGUUUAGCUUGAUCUCUCAUAGAGAUUAUUUUCUAUAUUAUUAGUAUGUAUGAUAUUCUAUCCAAGGUAGUUUGACUUAUUUCAUUUUCUCCAACCAAUUGUUAAAAUCGAUAACAAAAUAUGUAAAAAUUUAAGAACUUGCUGAUAGAUGGAGUUUUACCAAUGUAACACUGCAGCAAAGAAAAUUUGCUUAUCCAGAGGGCAAUACUGCCGAGUAAAUUUCAUCUAUGCUGGAAGCAAAACAUUCUGGUUGAUUUUCAAGAAUAGAUUUCCUAAACGACUAAAAAUGUUUAUUAACACACUAAUUCUUUUAAUGGCGUAUGUAUCGCAAGGUAAAAUGGAUGAUGAAUGUGGGAAAAAUUACUAUUCCAUUAAACUGAAAUACUGUAAACAAUUAAAUCUCUGUCGAACAGUGGCCUCAAUGUGCAAUUGCCCCAAUGAUGGUCGUAUAGAAUGCCCUGACAACAUAUGUGUCCCAAAUGGAGUUAAAGUUUUCAAUUGCUUAAAAUGGAUUAAGAGAGCUUUUAUGAAAAUGUGCAUAUUGAAUUUUACACGGUGUGAUGCUAGGAAUAAGUGUGUUCGUGAGGGUGAAUGUGUUUCUCCUUGCUCAGAGUCAGAAAAGGAAUGUACAACAGGAACAAGAAGGUGUAUAGAUAGAAAACGUGAAUAUUGCCCUGCAGAAUCUUGCCCAGAUUUUAAAUAUAAAUGUGGCUAUCAGUGCUCCAUAUUUCCAUGUGAGAAGAGGUUUCAAUUCAUUGAUAAUGGUGCAACUCAAGAACAUCAAAAUGAAAACGAUCCCUAUUUUAUACUAUUCUACAUUUUCAUACCAAUAUUAACAAUUAUUUAUUCUUUUGUCUUGUGUUUAAUGUGCCAUAAAAGAUGUAGACUAUCAACAAACCGAACAAAUGAAAACACCGUUCUUGGUCCACUACCCGAACUGCCAUCUUUAACAAUAAGAACUGAAUCUUCAGCUAUUUGCAACACUAACGAAAAAUACAGACUGAGAGCUAUUCCUUUAUCAUCACCACCAUCUUAUAGCGAGGCUAUUAAUUCAAUGAGACAGGGAAGUGUUUAAGAUUUCUAAUUUUCGAAGUCUUUAUUUUUAACCUAAAUAUACAUUACUUUACGCAGCUCUUUUGUUUACCUGAUUUAGCACAUACGUCAUUUGAAUAUAAACUCAGUGUGUAUCAUCUAGUGCGAACCUUAAAUUACAUGGCCUUUUUAAGUUGAUGAGAUUGUGUAUGAGUAAAGAAUUCAUAACGUCAACGUUUAAGUUAAAAUAUUUCACUGAUGUUUUUAGUAGUGAAUACAGUUUUCAUAGAAAAAUGAGCUAUAUUAGCUUUUCAAAUGUUUUGAUGAAAAAUUACAGAAUUAAAAUCCUCAUAUAAUCUAUCUUGGUUAUGCAAUAUAUGAUAUGAAUCAGAUGGCAUUACUGUUUAAGGUGAAGGACUUAUAAUAUCUUACUGUUGAAAAUAUUCAUUCCCUAUUUCUUGUUUAUUUUUUUGAAUGUUUUUGGGAUGCCAUUCUUAGAUGUUAAUUUUGGAUCAUUUAUUGUCUCAAUGUUAUUUUGGAAUUAUGUUUACUCAGAUGUGAAUUGUUUAUCUAAAGGAUCUGAUUUUAAGUAUUGCAAUAGGUCAGCUUCUUGUAGAAAAAUACAUUUUUCUUGUAACUGCUUUGAAGAAGGGGCUAUAGAGUGUACUGAUGGUAGAUGCGAAAAAAAUUUUUUUGGGGCUACUAGCUUCUGCUUUAGUCCUGCCUUUACUACAAAAUCUUCUCCAUCAUGUAUAUAUGACCACAAAUGGUGUACAUACUCAAAAAAAUGUGUACGUGAUAUAGAUUAUGCCAAAAAUUGUCCAAAAUAUAUGUGUAGUAAAAGAAGAAAAAAAUGCAAAUAUGGAAGAAGAAGAUGCGUUGCAAUGUCUGAGUAUUGUGAGGAAGAAAAAUGUCCAAAUCCUAUGGUAAAAUGUGGCUAUCAAUGUAAGAUUUCUUGUCAGCCGACUUUUGAACAGCAUUCAAAAACUCACUUAAUACUUUACUUUUUACUACCUGUAUUCUUGGUUGUUGUCUUGUGUCUAAUAAUCUGCAGAAGAUGUUGUCUGCAAAACACUACAUCUGGCAGAAACAUUGAGCAAACUGAAUUGGGUCCUCUGCGAGAAAGCCAACCAACAAUACCAAACAUUACACCAUCCGUAGGUUGUUAUAACGAACAUCAACCCUCUUUUCCUCCACCGGCUUAUGAAGAAGUUAGUAAAGAGGGAUUGCCUUCAUACGAAGAUAUUAUUAAAUAGCAUGGGACAACUGAUCAUUUUCAUAAAUUCACGUCACAAAUGUAUGAGUCAUUUGAUUGAUGACACGUAUUUUUGCUUUAUAGAUUAUAAUAAAUUUUAAAUAGUUCAGACACAAAUCUACACGAAUAAUCAAAUACAAUACAAGUAAAUGUUUUUAAUGAUCUAUGCUUUUAAAGACUAAGCGGAGGCAAAUAAAU